CCCCACAUAAGCACAAAAAGGAAAACACACAUUAUUGAGUGCCAACCCACAAAUACAGACACUUCCUCUCUCUAAAAAAACUCAAAAAAAAAAAAGUAAACCCAUUUUAGAGAGAGGAAGUGUUAAUUGAAUGCUCUCUAAAACUUCACCUGAUAUGGCCUCCUUUCCUUGUUCCAGGGUGAGGAGUGGGCUUUGUGUCUGGCCAGGUAAUAGGCAACUUUGCAUUAGAAAGGGUCUUGUGUAUGGCUUUAUGCACUUACUAUCAAUUCCCUUCAAAACCUUGCGUGGAGCGAGUCGAUCUCUUAGGGUUGCAGAGUUUUGCAGUGUUUCCAAUAUGUCUUCCUCAUUACAAAUUGAAUUGGUGUCAUGUCUUGGAGACAACUAUGCAUAUCUUUUACAUGAUGUGGACACAGGCACAGUUGGAGUUGUUGAUCCUUCAGAAGCUGUGCCAAUUAUUGAUGCUUUAAGUCGAAGAAACUGGAACUUGACUUAUAUAUUGAAUACCCACCACCAUCACGACCACACUGGUGGGAACGCAGAGUUAAAAGCAAGGUAUGGUGCAAAGGUGAUUGGUUCUGGAAUAGACAAGGAUAGGAUUCCUGGAAUUGAUAUUGUUCUAAAUGAUGGGGAAAAGUGGAUGUUUGCAGGUCAUGAAGUGCAUGUCAUGGAGACCCCUGGUUAUACCCGAGGCCAUAUUAGCUUCUAUUUUCCGGGUUCUCGAGCAAUUUUUACCGGAGACACUUUGUUCAGCUUAUCAUGUGGCAAGCUUUUAGAAGGCACUCCGGAGCAGAUGCUUUCUUCCCUUCAGCGGAUCAUGUCACUACCUGAUGAUACGAAUAUCUACUGUGGUCAUGAAUAUACUUUGAGUAAUUCGAAAUUUGCUUUGUCUAUAGAUCCCAAGAAUGAUGCACUUCAGGCUUAUGCAACCCAUGUAGCUCACCUUCGCAACAAGGGAUUGCCCACGGUUCCUAGUACAUUAAAGAUGGAGAAGGAAUGCAAUCCAUUCCUCCGGACAUCAAAUGCAGAAAUCCGGAAAGCAUUAAAAAUUCCGGUGACAGCGAAUGAGGCAGAAGCCUUGGGUAUCAUACGCAGAGCAAAGGAUAAUUUCUAGGAUUACUUACAUACACAGAUACAUAUAUGAUACUUCAUUCCUGUUUGUGUAUAGCUGAAGUCAUGGUUGCUAUUCCAUUUCUGAAAUGAUCAAACAGCACCAAUGUUUACCA